UGCUGGCCCAGCAUUUGGUGCCUGUCAGCCAGAAGAGGUGGAAGACAAGAAGAUGCACCUAAGGAAAGGUGCAGAGAAGGGUCAUACUUAUCUGUGCUGUACCCUGCUUUGUCUCUUAACAUCUCUGCUCCUUUAGCAGCUGACGGACUGCAAUAAACUGAGCGUUUGCAGCUGCAUUCCUUGAGAAAGACAGAAGACAGAUUCUUUCAACCAUGGCAAACCAGGACUUGCUUGGGAAAAAACGAGAAUGCCUCCAGGCCUACAGCUGGUGGAGAACACCACAGAAAAAACGAAAGAAAAAGAACAAAAUAAACCCAGGAAGAAUAGAGUUUGUUAGUAGUAGUAGUUCAGCCAGACCAGAUUAUUCAAUAUUUGUUGGGGAGCUUACCCCAGAAGUGGGUGAUUUCCAGCUCUGUGACUAUUUCCUAAAGAGGUAUCCCUCAUGUAUUGACUGCAAAAUAGCAACAGACCUGCUGGGAUAUUCCAGAGGGUAUGCCUACGUCAGAUUUGGUGAGCAAGGUGAUCAGAUGAGGGCACUGCAAGACUGCCAGAAUGCACCAGGUCUGGGGGGAAAACGAAUCCGGCUGAGCAUAGGAAUUUCUAAAAGACUGAAAGCAGAAUUCCAGCGGUACCAGUCAUACAACUAUAAUGAUUAUUACCAAGAUUAUCAGAACUACUACUCGCAGUGGAGUUACGAUGCUUAUGCUGAGUACAACUACAGCUCCUAUGCUCCCUAUGACAGCAUGCAGGCUGUUGGAGACUGCUCUUUAGGAGAUGCUGUAAUGGCUCCAGCUCUUUUUGAGGAAUCUUCAGUUAUGACUGAAAUCAGUGAUGACCUAAUGACUGAAGAUCCACAGCUCUACUUGGAUGUUGAUGAAAUGAACAGACAGUUUAUGGAGACAAGCGAAGAACUCUACGAUUCACUCAUGAAUUGUCACUGGCAACCUCUGGAUACGGUCACUUCUGAAAUCCCCUCUGCUAUUUAAGUGUCUUAUAUAGCAUGACCGUUAUGACCAAGGUGCUAAAACUACAUUUCUUCUACGUUAUUCUAGCUCAUAAGUUUUAAAGCACAAUGAUAGGUUGGGGUUUUUUUGCUAUGCUUUUGACAGUUUCUGUAAUCUUUUUGUUCAUCACUCUCUUCUUGGAGCAUCAUGAAAUCAUGUAAAUAUUCUAGAAAUGUAAAGAGUUAAAUGGGGUCUAAAGAUAGACUUGCCUGUGUAAAUAAAAAUUUGUUUCUGCAAACCUGCCA